AUGUCAAGUAAGUACAUGAUGAUAUCUCAAAAGCACUUUGACAGGCUUCUUUUAAUUGUCCUUUCAGCCAAACAUCGACCUCAAAUGACCGUCAAAGACCCUCUAUUUAUUCAUGACAAAAACCACCAGAAUUGUUUCAGUCGCGUCCUUUCUCUUUUCCUUCUUGAACCCUUUAGCUUACGUAACUAUUUUUCUCGAAUGGAACCGACACCGUCACGUGAUAUCCAUGAAGUCCUUAAUUAUCAAUAUUUUAUCCUUGGCAAAUAUCAUACUCAUCGCGGAGUUCAAACAUCGAGUUCAAGAAGCGUUAGUCUCAUAAUUGCUAAACCAUUCACCAUGUUUGAGAGUCCCUCUUCUCAUCUACGAGAACCGCGUUUUUCUAAGCUCCCAGCUGAACUUUUCAGCAGCAAAAUGUCCUGGAAACUGCACGAUCUAGCUAAAGCCAAGUACUUUUACGUAUGGCUCUUUACGCUGGCCAUUUUUCCUUUCGUUGCUGUGAUUGUUGUGAAAAGUACAAGUUCCUGGUCAUCACCGCUCACUCAGUUCAUUACGUUCAUGAGUGGUGAGCUGGUUUUGGCGACAUUGCCCUUCGCAUACUUCUUCAAAAAACAAAAUAGCAUUGCUAAGCUACGUUCACUGCUUGUAAAAGAAGUUGUUGAGCUUGGGUCAGGUUUUGAUCACGCUAGCUGGGUUCUAAUUGCUCGACAUGCCAAUGAAUACUUGCGUGAGGAAGGACUAUGGCACUCCAACCUUUGCAUCUAUGAUGGUGAGGAGUGUCUGCGUCUAUUCCGAAGUCAAGUUUAUCUUCCGUUUGUAAACAGUUCCUCUAUAAUCCAAGAGGAGCAACUUGCCGUGCAGAUAUAUGAGAAAAGUAAUGAGAGUUACUGGAAUUCUACGGAAUUGAUUGAGAUUACAAUGUCCCUAAAACCACACCAAAAUUUGCCCAUAGACACUUACCGCUUUUCGUUGGUAUAUGAUUUGGCUUAUGGUGCGAAACAGGCGUUAUUUUACCUUCCAGCUGUCAUGCUCUUCUAUUCCCUCUUGGCGUGGAGAUUUGACCCAGCCGGCAUAGCUGUGACAUCCGUGCUCGGUAUUCUGCAAACGUUGCCCGGUUUCUUUCUUUAUACAAGACUUAGCAGGAAACAAGCUCCCUCUACACCGAAACACGUUUUGAUGCUGUUCAAAAUGGAGCAACAGUUGGUAAUUGGGGAAAGUGCAAAGGAAUGGGAUGAAGUUGCGAAGGAAAUGAACUUCUAUCUGAACAACGAGGGUGUUAUGCGUGACAGAAGGGUAUUUUUCGAUGGUAAAGAAUGUCAUGCCAGAUUCCAAUCGUUACUAGCCUCUACGCUUUCUUGUGAUGGAUUUGAAAAAAGUUUAUACCCGGAACUCAUACAAUUCGCAACCGACUGUAGAACCGUAUAA